CCCAUCACUAAUUCACAAGCACGCUGCCAUCGCUCGUUCGUCGUUAAUUUCAUUUGUAAUUUUUGCUCGGGCCAAGUCAAAAUUUGUCGAAAUUAAUUGAAUUUGCGAUUUGUGCAUAUCAGAAAUAGUAAAAUUCGCAGUUAUCUCAGACAUACACACCCACACACACUCACGCAAAAUAAGUGCAAUAAUAUUACAACAGCAACAAAAUCAAUUGACAAACUCGCGCGUGUGAAUACCAAAAGCAACAAAAGAAAAAAAGGUGAAAAAAAUUAUCACAUACAUACAUAUACAUACAUACAUAUGCAAAAGCACACUUAGAAAAGGAAAAAGAAAAAUACAAAAUCAAAAGAACAAAAAAAAAAGUGUUUAACACGCGCCAGUUGACUUAAUACUGCCCGCUGGUCCCGGUCACCCCCCUCUCGGCCUAACGCCCACGUUGUGUAUUUUGCAAUUGUUCUUAUUGGUGUUGUGAGCAGGACAGAGAGAGAGCGAUAUAUAUACACUUAACCACUUCCACCGCAUGGACGAAUCUGAAGUCAUUGAGAUAAGCGACAGCGAACGUGAGGAAACCACCUCAACGACAUCUGAAAUGGACGUGGAGACCCAGGAAGUGCCCGAUGCGGAGCAAAUUGUACCCAAGGAUGCAGCAACCAUUGCUGAAGAGAAAAAGAAACUGGGCAACGACCAAUACAAGGCUCAAAACUAUCAAAAUGCUCUCAAAUUGUAUACGGAUGCGAUUUCCCUAUGCCCGGACUCGGCUGCCUACUACGGAAAUCGAGCUGCCUGCUACAUGAUGUUGCUCAACUACAACAGCGCUUUGGCCGAUGCUCGUCACGCCAUACGCAUUGAUCCCAAUUUCGAGAAGGCCUACGUUCGUGUAGCGAAAUGUUGUCUAGCCCUGGGCGACAUCAUUGGCACGGAGCAGGCAGUGAAAACGGUUACCGAACUGGAUCCCCAGAGCACGGCAGUUAGUGCCGAACAGCAGGCGCUGAGCACACUGCGUCAACUGGAGACCACCAUACAGACCAACUAUGAUACACAAGCCUAUCGCAAUGUGGUCUACUAUUUGGAUAGUGCCCUCAAAUUGUCCCCAGCGUGUCUUAAAUAUCGCCUAUUGAAGGCCGAAUGUCUGGCCUAUUUGGGACGCUGUGACGAGGCUUUGGAUAUUGCUGUGGGAGUUAUGAAAUUGGAUACCACAUCGGCCGAUGCAAUUUAUGUGCGUGGUUUGUGUCUCUACUAUACGGAUAACUUGGAGAAGGGUAUUUUGCAUUUCGAACGUGCUUUACAAUUGGAUCCCGAUCAUUUCAAGUCGAAGCAAAUGCGCAACAAGUGCAAACAAUUGAAAGAGAUGAAAGAGAACGGCAAUAUGCUCUUCAAGUCGAGUAGAUAUCGUGAGGCACACACUGUCUAUACGGAUGCCUUGAAAAUCGAUGUUCACAAUAAGGAGAUUAACUCGAAAUUGCUUUACAAUCGAGCCUUGGUCAAUACGCGUAUUGGAAAUCAACGAGAGGCUGUUGCCGAUUGCACUCGUGUCCUAGAACUGAAUGCUCAAUAUCUGAAGGCCUUACUCCUGCGUGCCCGCUGCCACAGUGAUCUGGAGAAGUUCGAGGAGGCUGUGGCCGACUAUGAGUUGGCAUUGCAAUUGGAAAAAUUGCCCGAAAUCAGACGUCUGUUGCGUGAAGCGAAAUUCGCUCUUAAGAAAUCCAAGCGAAAGGAUUACUAUAAAAUUUUGGGCAUUGGUCGCAAUGCCACCGAUGAUGAGAUUAAGAAGGCUUAUCGUAAAAAGGCUUUGGUCCAUCAUCCCGACAGGCAUGCCAAUAGCAGUGUCGAGGAGAAGAAAGAUGAGGAACUCAAAUUCAAAGAGGUGGGCGAGGCCUACUCCAUAUUGUCGGAUGCGCGUAAAAAGGCUAGAUACGACAAUGGACAAGAUAUUGAGGAAUCAGAGCAGGCUGAUUUCAAUCCAAAUCAAAUGUUCCGCUCAUUCUUCCAGUUCGGUGAUGGAGGCGUCAGUUUUGAUUUUUAAGUUCCAUCGCCGCCAGCAUUAACCACCAACAGCAGCCACAUACAUCAUCGACAUCGGUUACUCGCAGUUCAAGAGGAAGGAGAAGAGAAACUCAUAGAAAAUUUCCUCUGGCCAUAUUUACACCUGACUCGUGUGACAAAAAAAGAAAAAAAAACAGAAAACGCACAAGAAAACAAAAAAAAGAAA